AUGGCUCAGCAAUUCCCGCCUCCCCCUGAAGGAAUGAUGAAAAAGCGGGAAGAGAGGUUACUGAAUUUCGCUACUGGUAAACUCCGUUGGAUCGACACUCAGUGUGAUCUCUCUGAAGAGCAGGAAGAAGAAUUCAAAACCUUGUUCCUGCAAUACGUCAAAGAACUCCAGGAUCAAUUCGCGAAGAACCAGCAACGCCACAAUCACGGCUUUGCCGACGAUGCGCCUGUUCGUUUUGUUGUCGAUGGUGCCGCCAGCCACUUUCGUUCUUCAGUCUGGAAGCGUGAGAUUGAGAAUAAGCUGACCGAAGAGCAGCGAAAAAAACUGAAUGAGGCUGCUGAAGAAAGAAAUGCCCAACUGGAACAGAUUGAACGUGACUGGGUCUUCAACUUGCUCAACAAGGAAUUGUUUUUUACAGCAGAGCAAGAGAAAAUCGUCAGGAAACAUCUCUCAAAAUCAAUGAAGGGCAUUUCCAGCCAAUCAAUCUAUCAGCAUCAACUCUGGAAGAAUGCGAUCGCUGGUCUCGAAAUCGAAGCAAGCAAGAUUGCCAAGGAACGUGAAGAGGCUGCAAAAGGGAUCAAGACACGAUACCUGCUUUCUUUCUUUGAUCGUGAAUUGUGGUUGACCAAUGACCAACGAAAGCAACUUGAAGAGAUGCUCCUCAAAAAUAUGCCGAAGAGUGAUUUUCAAGGAUAUGAAUACAUGUAUGAAGUUGUUCUGAUGGCGAUUCCAUUGGUCAAGUUCAAUGAAGGUGAGCUCAAGAAAGUGCUGGAACCAACGCAAAUGGACACGUGGGACUGCUUGAAAGAUCAGUAUCAGAUCAAUGGUCGUCACGUCUUCGCACAUCUCAAGUCUGAAUUGUCCAAGGUGAUCGUCGGACAGGAAGUGGUCGUCGAGCAAUUAGCGAUUUGCCUGUUUGCUCAGGGACAUUCCUUAUUGAUGGGCGUUCCUGGUCUGGCAAAGACGUUACUUGUGCGUCGAUUGGCUGAGACAAUGUCCCUGAGCUUCAGCCGAAUUCAGUUCACUCCCGAUCUCAUGCCGAUGGACAUUACCGGGACCGACAUUCUGCAAGAAUCACAGGAAGGUCGCCGAGAGUUCGAAUUCGUCAAAGGUCCUGUCUUCGCCAACAUCGUCCUCGCAGAUGAGAUCAACCGGGCUCCCUCGAAAACACAGGCAGCGAUGCUGGAGGCGAUGCAGGAACAUCGUGUGACUGUUGUUGGUCGUCCUUAUGAGUUGUCUCCUCCAUUCUUUGUACUGGCGACGCAGAACCCUGUCGAGCAGGAAGGAACUUAUCCACUGCCUGAAGCACAAUUGGACCGCUUCAUGUUCUUAAUCAAUGUUGAUUAUCCUUCGAGAACAGAAGAGAUUGAAAUUGCCAGGACGACAACUGGUGGAAGCCUGCCACCCUUAACAGCGAUCCUCGAUGCAGAGACGGUGAUUGAUUUCCAGUCGUUAGUCAGAAGAGUUCCUGUGCCGCAACACAUUUAUGAGUUCGCUGUCGAUCUUGUCCGUCGCACCCGACCGGCAGAUAGUGAUUGCCCGGAAUGGCUUAAACCGCUGGUCGCCUGGGGAGCGGGGCCGCGGGCUGUGCAGUAUUUGAUACUGGGAGCGAAAUCUCACGCUGCCUUACAUGGGAGUUACAUGGCCCGCCUGGAAGACGUUCUCGCAGUAGCAGAACCCGUUCUCUCGCACCGUGUCCUGACUAAUUUCAACGCCGAGUCCGAAGGCAUUCGCAGCCACGAUGUCAUCCGCCGACUCGUCGAUGAACUGAACGCUGAAAACGCCAACAGCUGA